GGACAACGCAUCCCUAGUAGUUGAUAAAUCUUCUCUUCUUUUCUAUUGUGCCUAGCUCCUCAUCUGCAGUUUUCAUCAAGAAAAAACCCUCAAAAGAUGGAUCAUGGAAGCGAAGGUUUUGCUGCUGAAGUUACGGAUCUUGGCGAGGAAACCAAAAACCUCGAAGGACAUACCUGCGGCAAUUGUGGGAAGAUUGGUGAUCACUGGACAACAGAUUGUCGUUCUGGAAUAUAUGGUAGGCAACGCAAGUAUGACCAAAACACUAUCCGUUUCAGAAACCUCUCAGAAGAUACGAACAGGGAUCACUUGAAAUGGCUGUGCAGUACUUACGGGCCUGUUGCUCGUGUUGCUGGUCCUGAAAUUGAGGGCAUGAAAGAUCAGGGUUUGGUGGCCUUUGAGAACAAGAAAGAUGCACAAAUGGCGAUUGAGAAGCUCAAUGGUUCCACUUAUAAGGGUCACGUUAUCACAGUUGAGUGGGCUUUGAAAGAGAAGGUACCAGACCUCAAGGAAAAUAGGUGCAGGCGUUGUGGGAAGAUUGAUGAUCACUCGGAAAAAUAUUGUCCUUGGGUAGUUUAUAAUCCGAUAGGUAAGUAUGUCGAUAACACUAUCCGUGUUAGAAACUUCGCCGGAGAGACUGACAGGUCAGACAUAGCGUCACUAUGCGGUACUUUUGGGCCAAUUGCUUGUGCUUUUUAGCCUGGAUUGUAUUAUGCGGGCAUGGGACAUCUAGGUUCGGCGAUAGCCUUUGAGAACAAGGAAGAUGCACAAAAGGCAAUUGAGAAGCUCAAUGGUUCCCUUUUUAAGGGUCGUCUUCUUACAGUCGAGUGGGCUAGGAGAAGGAACUAGAAUUCCCUUUGAAAUCUUGAAAUUAUCUUUGUUUGUUAUUUCUCGUAUGUACGUAGCAACCGGUAUCACUUGUCUACGGAUGCAUGUAUAAACCAACUGCUAGGAAAAACAACCUAAAUUAUUGAAAUCUUAAAA